GUAAGAAUGGUUCUUCCUCCCAUUUCACACCAUUUUUUCGAGUUUUCGAAGCGAAAUUAAUGGAGAAAAAGAUAGUUUCAAGCUGGUUUAAUGGAAAAUCAUUGCCUAAAAAUUAUAUAAUUCCUCCAGAAAAAAGACCUGGAAAUAUUUAUUUUCCUACAUGCCAAAUUCCAGUUAUUGAUCUCUCCAAAACAAAUGGUAAUGAUCGAGCAAUGAUUGUCGAGCAAAUUAUGGAGGCUGGCAAAAAAUAUGGCUUCUUUCAGGUGAUUAACCAUGGAGUUGCGAAAGAAGUAAUGGAAGAUGCAAGAAAGAUGUUUAGGGAGUUUUUCGAGUUACCUUUUGAAAAGAAAUCACACUUAUAUUCUGAGGAAAAUAAUGUAAAGUGUAGACUCUAUACAAGUAGUUUUGAUUAUGCAAAUGAAGAUAUUCACUAUUGGAGAGAUUGUUUGAAACAUAAUUGUACUCCUUUUAAAGAAUGCAUCGAUCAUUGGCCCCAAAACCCUCCUCGAUACAGGGAGGUGGUAGAGAAGUAUUCAACACAAGUUAAAGAUCUAGGGUCAAGAAUUCUAGACCUAAUAAGUGAAGGUUUAGAGAUCGAAUCUGAUUUUUUUGAGAACGGUUAUAAUGAGGAGACGUUCUUAUCAGUAAACCAUUAUCCACCAUGUCCUGAUCCAAGAUUAACAUUAGGAUUACCAAAACAUUGUGAUCCUAAUAUAAUUACUCUACUUCUUCAAGAUAAUACUCCUGGUCUUCAAGUUUGUGUUGAUAAUAAAUGGCUUCUUGUUGAGCCUUGUUCGAAUGCUUUUGUGGUUAACAUGGGCUACCAAAUGCAGAUAAUUAGUAAUGGAAAGCUAAAAAGUGCAGAACAUAGAGUGGUGACAAAUGCAGAUAAGGCAAGGACUACAGCAGCAUUCUUUAUUUUGCCAUCAAAGAAUUGCAUAAUUCAACCCGCCAAAGCUCUUGUUAAAACGGGCGACCCGCCCAUUUACAAGCAAUUUCAGUACGCUGAGUUUAUUGAGAACUUCAAAGCCCACACAAAUUGUGAACCCGAAAAGGUUUUGGAUCUAUACAAAAUAAAGAACAAUUAAGCCCUAGUAAUUUAGAUUAUAAUAUAAUUGAGAAAAGAACAUGAUUAAUUAUUGACUCAUUAGCAACAAACAUGUAUUUUGGUCAGUUUUAUCAUGAAAGAUGCAUUAUUAUAAUAAGUUCAGCCUAAUUUGUGAUCAAUUGAGUAACCAUAUUUUAUUAGCCACCUCAUUUGUAUUUUGGGCUUGGAAAAAUUGAUCUAAAUAUUCACUAUAGAGUAUAUUUUUGGGCUUUUUUUGUUUAUGUUUAAUACCAUUAGACUUGGUUCUUGCACAGGGUAAUCCAAUGAUAUGGAGUUAGGAUCAAGUUAUAAAGGGUUUUUAUUGGACAAACUCUGAUUGGACUGGCUGUUUAUUAAACAAGUGUAGCGUCAAACUGACAACCUAAUAAUUUUGAAAAUUAAAAA